GUGCCCGGGAGGAACCCAGGAGUCCUGGCCUGCCGCCCGCGCCCGUUCGCCCACCGCCGUCCCUCCCGGUGCAACCCCGGCCGCAACAACACUGCGCUGCACGUUAACGCCGCGGCGAGGCGAGUGCGCGGAGAGGGAGUUCGCGGGGGCUGUCACCCCCCCCGAGCCUCAUGGUCGUUUAAUACUUCACCCAUUAACCUGGACUAAUAAACCCUGCGGGAGCGAGAGGCUAAAAGCCGUGCCAGGCGGGCAGAGCCUCCUUCGCAGCGCCGCUCCCGCAGUCCCACCAUGGCUGCGGGCUUCUUCAUCAGCAAGACCGUCGGCAUCGUGGCCAUCGUGCUGGCCCUGGGCGCCGUGGCCACCAUCAUCGCGCUCUCGGUGGUGUACGCCCAGGAGAAGAACAAGGCCUCGGGCUCCGACGCCACCUCCACCACCACGGCUGCCUCCUCCACCGCGGCCGCCCCCGCCACCACGGCCGCCGCCAGUAACCUCUGGAACAGCUGGAGGCUGCCCACGACGCUGAAGCCGGAGAGCUACGAGGUGACCCUGAGGCCCUUCCUGACGCCCGAUGAAAACCAGAUGUACGUCUUCACGGGCAACAGCACCGUGGUCUUUGUCUGCGAGGAGCCCACCGACAUCAUCCUCAUCCACAGCAACAAGCUGAACUACACCUUGCAGGGGGGCUUCCACACCUCGCUGCAGGCGCUGGACGGCUCCAGCGCGCCCGCCAUCACCAGCACCUGGCUGGAGACCACCACCCAGUACCUGGUGGUGCAGCUGGCGGCCCAGCUGCAGCAGGGCCGGUACUACAGCCUCUUCAGCAUCUUCACCGGGGAGCUGGCGGAUGACCUGGCCGGCUUCUACCGCAGUGAAUACGAGGAUGGGACGGAGACCAAGGUCGUGGCCACGACGCAGAUGGAGCCAACCGAUGCACGGAAAGCCUUCCCCUGCUUUGACGAGCCUGCCAUGAAAGCCAACUUCUCGGUCACCAUCAUCCACCCGUCCGACCACACGGCGCUUUCCAACAUGCCUGUCAGGAGCACCCAGCAGCUGCAGCUCGAUGGGGAGAGCUGGAACGUCACCGAGUUCUAUACCACCCCCAAGAUGUCCACCUACCUGCUGGCCUUCAUCGUCAGCCAGUUCGAGAGCGUGGAGAACACCUCCGGGGGCGUGCUGAUCCGCAUCUGGGGCCGCCCCCAGGCCAUCGCUGAGGGCCAGGGCAGCUAUGCGCUCCAGGUGACAGGCCCCAUCCUCAAUUUCUUCGAGAGCCACUACAACACGUCGUACCCGCUGCCCAAGUCCGACCAGGUCGGCCUGCCCGACUUCAGCGCGGGAGCGAUGGAGAACUGGGGGCUGGUGACCUACCGGGAGAACUCGCUGCUCUACGACAACGCUUACUCCUCCAUCGGCAACAGGGAGCGGGUGGUGACCGUCAUCGCCCACGAGCUGGCCCACCAGUGGUUCGGGAACCUGGUGACGCUGCGCUGGUGGAACGACCUCUGGCUCAACGAGGGCUUCGCCUCCUACGUGGAGUACCUGGGUGCCGACUCGGCCGAGCCCUCCUGGGGCAUCAAAGACCUGAUGGUGCUCAACGAGGUGUUCACGGUGAUGGCGACCGAUGCCCUGACCACCUCCCACCCGCUCUCCUUCAGCGAGGAGGAGAUCAACACCCCGGACGAGAUCAGCGAGGUCUUUGACACCAUCGCCUACAGCAAGGGAGCCUCGGUGCUGCGGAUGCUCUCCGAUUUCCUCACCGAGGACGUGUUCAAGGAGGGGCUGCAGUCCUACCUGCACGCCUACGCCUACGAGAACACCAUCUACUCCGACCUCUGGGACCAUCUGCAGGCGGCUGUUGACAAGUACAGCGUCUCCUUGCCCACCUCUAUCGGCCAAAUCAUGGACCGCUGGACGCUGCAGAUGGGCUUCCCGCUGGUCACCGUGAACACGCUCAACGGCAGCAUCAGCCAGAAGCACUUCCUCCUGGACCCCACCUCCGUGGUGGACCGCGUCUCCUCCUUCAACUACACCUGGAUCGUCCCCAUCACCUGGCAGACGCUCGGGAGCGUGAAGCAGCAGUACUGGCUGGAAGACGUCUCAGCCACCUACGACGCGUUCAGGGUGAGCAGCCCCAGCUGGCUGCUGCUGAACGUCGGGGUGAGCGGGUACUUCCGCGUCAACUACAACCAGGAGAACUGGGACCAGCUCCUCAACCAGCUCUCCAGCGACCACGAGGUCAUCCCUCUCAUCAACCGGGCCCAGAUCAUCGACGACGCCUUCAACCUGGCCAGGGCCGGCUACGUCGACGUGACGGUGGCCUUGAACACCACGCGGUUCCUGAGCCAGGAGACGGAGUACAUGCCCUGGCAGGCGGCACUCGACAACCUGGACUACUUGGAGCUGAUGUUCGACCGCAGCGAGGUGUUCGGGCCCAUGACGAGUUACAUCCAGAAACAGGUGACGCCCCUGUUCGAGCACUACAAGAACAUCACCAGCGACUGGUCCACCAUCCCCAGCGGCCUGAUGGACCAGUACAAUGAGAUCAACGCCAUCAGCACCGCCUGCUCCUACGGCAUCUCCGAGUGCCAGCAGCUGGCCACCGCCUACCUCGACGCGUGGCAGAGGAACGUCAGCAACAACCCGAUCCCGCCGAACCUGCGCACCUCCAUCUACUGCAGCGCCGUGGCCACCGGCAACGAGACGACCUGGGACUUCAUCUGGGAGCGGUUCCGCGCGGCCAGCGUGGUGUCCGAGGCGGACAAGCUCCGCUCGGCCCUCACCUGCAGCACCACCCCCUGGAUCCUCAACAGGUACCUCUAUUACACCAUCGACUCCACCAAGAUCCGGAGGCAGGACGCCACCUCCACCUUCGUCAGCAUCGCCAGGAACGUGGUGGGGCAGCCCCUGGCCUGGGACUUCCUCCGCAGCAACUGGGAGACGCUUUACGAGUACGGGAGCGGCUCCUUCUCCUUCUCCCGGCUGAUCACUGCAGUGACCCAGCGGUUUUCCACCGAGUUCGAGCUGCAGCAGCUGGAGCAGUUCAAGGUGGACAACGAGGAGAUAGGCUUCGGGACGGCGACGCGUGCGCUGGAGCAGGCGCUGGAGAAGACGAAAACCAACAUCAACUGGGUGAACAAGAACAAGCAGGCGGUGCUCGCCUGGUUCCAGGGCGAGACCGGCUCCAGCUAGCCGCGUCCAGGAGCCGCACCGCCGCGCACCUUCCUCGGGGACCGGCCGCCGGGCCGGCCGGGGCGGCACGGGCUCUGCGGGGGACCGACCCGGCGCUCCCGGACCCGCCGCCCUCGAUGGCCAGGCCAGGCUCGCGCCCGCUCCCCGAUGCCCCCCGCACGCCACGCUCCCGCCGCCCCCGCCCCGGGGUGCUGCAGCCCGGCUGCCCCCGCCCGCGCGAGGGGCCGAGGACGGGCUGACUGCGGGGGGCUGCUGGGGGGGCCCCGCUGCCCCACGGCUGCCGGAGGCUAAGGCACUGCUGGGCUCUGUGAAGGCCCGUGGGAGGUCGUGGAUGCUACAAGUAAAGGGCUGCACGUGA